AUGGCAGACAAGGUGGUAGACAAAAUGGCGGGCGAGAGUGGUGCUGCUGACCAGUGUGAGGGACUGAGUGGGUCUAGUCACGACUCUAGUGAUGCUGGUGACGAGAAGCCCACCCAGAUGGACCUCCUCAUGUCCCAACUGGCGAGUAUGGCUCAGAAGCAGGAGGAAAGGCACGAGCAAACCGUGGCAACACAAGCUGCCCAAACUGAACGACUGAUGGAAGCCCUGCAAAGCAGCCUAGGUUCUCUGAGGGCUGAAACGCAGGCGUAUACUGAUCGCUCGUGUGAGGCAGUGAAACAGGAGGUAAAAAGUGAACUCCAAGCCUUGCGGGAAGAGGUGGCAGACCUGCGUGAGGGCGCGAGUGUUUGGCGGCAGGGCGCGUGGCCGCCACGUGGCGUCUUGGCGGGAGGUGUACAGCUGCCCGCAACCCCCGCCUGGCCUCCCGUGACUAGCCCAGGACCUGAAGGGAGUGUGGCCUCAGCCCCACCUGCUGUUGGGGGCCUUGGAUGGGGCCCUGUGGGGGAAGCAGGUCCUUGGGAAGCACCCGAGAUGGCCGUUGGGGGCUGGCCGCCCACCCGGGACAGGAGGGGAGGGCUUAGCCUGCCCCCUACACCGCCGGGCUCACCUCCCCGUGCCGCCUCCCCGCCCCCGAGCCCUAAGGCAGCCCGCUCGUCACCUCGUCACGUGAGACGCAAGCCAGCGGAGUACGAUGGUAAGGUCAGCUGGGAGUCUUACGUCGCCCAGUUCGAUAUGCUGGCCUUGGCCCAGGGCUGGGGGGAGGCAGAGAAGGCCCUGCAACUAGCGACAGCGCUGCGAGGCCCGGCGUUGGAAGUGCUGGGUCAUCUCCCUGCCAGCCAGCGCACCUCAUACGCAGCAGUGUCCGAAACUUUGCGGCGACGUUUCGGACACCGUCAUCAGGCGGAGGUAUACCGCGCCCAGCUUAAGAAGAGGACGCGAGAGAAGGACGAAACCCUUUCCCAGCUGGCGCAGGACGUAGAAGGGCUGGUGAGGAGGGCGUAUCCAAGCGCGGCCGAGGACAUGGUCGUUGUUCUGGCGCGCGACGCGUUCGUAGACGCCCUCCAGGACCACCAGCUCCAAAUCUAUGUGAAGCAGGCACACCCAGCUGACGUGCAGGUGGCGUUGGCACGGGCUAUGGAGUUUGAGGCCUUCCUACAGACGACGAUCAGCCUCUCUUCUCUUGCCCAGCCUCGCGGUGAGGUACGGGGCCGGAAGGCGAAGGUGGAGCACAAGGCGGCGUCACGGGAGCAGCGGGCUGGAGGAGGGGGCGACCUCACAGCCUGCCAAGGUGCCAAUGCCCCGUGCUGUGUAAAGUGCCACCUCACCGUCAGCGCAGUGCAGGUACGAGGUGCGGUUGAUGGGAGGCCUUGCUGCAUGACCAUUGACAGCGGGGCUGAGCGCACCAUCGUGCAGCGGAGGCUGGUAAGUGCUGAGUGGCUCCCGUGCACCGUGGACAGGCUGUGUGGAGUAACGGGGGACUGCAUGCCGUUGCAAGGCCCAGUAGACGUUCGAAUAAGUGUCGGCAGCGCGGAGGUGAACCUGCCCGUGUAUGUUGCCGAGCUGGAGGAAGAGUGUCUGCUGGGUUACGACUACCUGAAGAAGACCAGGGCCUGCGUAGACUUUGGACGGAAGGUGAUAAAGGUAUGUGGAUACGAUGUGCCUUUCCUUCCGGAGGUCGGCCGGUCGGAGGUAGUGACGACACGGCGGAUGCAGUUGGCCCCGCGCUCUGAGUGUCGAGUACAGUGUCGACUCGCACGGCCGAUGCAGAGCACGGAGGGCCUAGUGGAACCAGCCAGCGACUGUCGACUGGCUGACGGAGUGGCAGUCGGAAGGAGCCUCGUGCAAGCGGGGGAGAAGGUAGUCACUGUCUUACUGGCUAACUUCUCCGACGAGGCUCGCAACAUACCCGCCGGAACAGCGGUGGGCGAGUGCGUGGAGGUGCAGCGUGCCGAGGCACCGCCGCAGGGUGAGCGGGCGGCCGAGGGAGCCCCGCUGCCGAGCUUCCUGGAGGAUCUAGCGACCCGGAGCGCUGUCAAUCUGACGGAGGCGCAGACGGAGCUCGUGUGUGACACCCUGGGCCGGUACGCCGAUGUGUUCAGCCAGAGCGCCUCGGACUUGGGUCGCACGUCACUGGUGAAACACACGAUCAACACUGGCACCCACGCACCGGUCAAGAGCCCACCCCGACGCAUCGCACCAGCAAGGCGCGAAGAAAUGCAGCGUGCAGUGAACGACCUGGCCACGCAAGGGGUAAUCGAGCGAUCAGACAGUCCUUGGUCGUCGGCGGUAGUCCUGGUAAAGAAGAAAGAUGGAACGCAGCGCUUCUGUGUGGACUACCGGGCCCUGAACGACGUGACGGUGAAGGACUCUUACCCCCUGCCGAGGAUAGACGACACGCUGGACGCUCUGGUCGGGGCCUGCUGGUUCAGUACACUUGACCUGAAGUCAGGGUACCACCAGGUGGAGAUGGCGGAGGAGGACAAGCCUAAGACGGCCUUCUCUUUCGGGCAGGGCCUGUGGCAGUUUAACGUCAUGCCAUUUGGCCUCUGCAACGCCCCGGGCUGUUUUGAGCGGCUGAUGGAGCGAGUGCUAGACGGCCUGCAGUGGAAAACGGCACUCGUAUAUCUGGACGACGUGAUAGUCUUCGGGAGCACCUUCGAGCAGGAGCUGGGGAGGCUGGAGGAGGUUCUGCAGCGCCUGAGGAAGGCCAAUCUCAAGCUUAGCCCCAAGAAGUGCCUCCUCUUCCAGCAUGAGGUGCCGUUCCUGGGACAUGUCGUCAGCAGUGGUGGCGUGCGCACCGACCCUGGCAAGGUGGCAGCGGUGGCUGACUGGCCCACUCCCUCCAACGUAGCUGAAGUGAGGAGCUACUUGGGCCUCUGCACGUACGAGUAUUACCGCCGUUUCGUGCCCAACUUUGCCACCUUAGCUGCUCCUCUUAACCGUCUCACCAAGAAGGGGGCGAGCUUCCGCUGGGAUGAGGCAUGUCAGGCGGCCUUUGACAGCUUGAAGGCGGCGCUUGUGGAGGCGCCCGUCUUGCCUUACCCUGACCCGAAGCUGCCCUACCUGCUUGACACCGACGCCAGUGCCGAGGGCGUCGGGGCUGUGCUGUCGCAGGUAAAGGACGGCAAGGAACACGUAGUGGCUUACUACAGCUGCAAGUUUAGUAAACCAGAGCGCAUCUACUGUGUAACCAGGAAAGAGUUGUUGGCCGUAGUGAAAGCGUUCGAACACUUCCACCCCUACCUGUACGGCGCCGAGUUUACCGUCCGUACUGACCAUGCCGCCCUGAAGUGGUUAAAGACGCUUAAGGGGCCGGAGGGACAGUUGGCGAGGUGGUUGGGGCGCAUGGAGCAGUAUAACUACCGGAUCGUUCACCGCCCAGGACGCGUGCACAACAAUGCUGACGCCCUGAGCCGACGCCCGUGUGAGGCUAGUUGCUCACACUGCACCGCCAGGGAGCCCAGCCCGUGUGAGGCCUCCUCACCUGGCGCUCCUGGGGUGUUGGACACAGUGUGCCGCCGUUUACGUGUGCCUGCAAACACCGCCGAGUGCAAUGAGCGGUGGCGUGUGGCGCAGCGCAGUGACCCCGAUCUAGCCCCCGUCGUGCGUUGGCUAGAAGCCAGCGACGAGCGCCCCAGCUGGCAGGUAGUGGCGGCUUUCGAAAGCCCCGCCGCUAAGUGUUUGGUAAGCCAGUGGGAGACGCUAUCAAUUGACGAGAGCGGGGUGUUAGUGAAAAGGUGGGAGGCGGUAGGCGGGAUGGGCAGAGACGCCUGGCUUGUGGUAGUGCCUCGUACUAUGCGGCCGGAACUAUUGAAGGAAGUGCACGCGGGUGUGACGAGUGGCCACGUAGGCGAAAAGCGUACCCUUCAACGCCUCCGCCAGCGGUUCUAUUGGGGAGGAAUGCGCAGUGACGUGACGGAAUGGUGCCGGGCCUGUGACGUGUGCAGCGCUAAAAAGGGCCCAGCGCACCGUAACCGGGCCCCACUGCAGUUGUACAAUGUAGGGGCACCGAUGGAGCGGGUGGCAGUGGACAUUGCCGGCCCGUUUCCCCUCACUCCCCGCGGGAACCGGUACAUUUGUGUAGCCAUGGAUUAUUUCACUAAGUGGCCAGAGGCGUAUGCUAUCCCCAAUCAUGAGGCAGAGACUGUGGCGAGUGUACUAGUCGACCAGUUCUUCUCUAGGUUUGGCGUGCCCGUCGAGCUGCACUCCGAUCAGGGCCGUGAAUUUGAGUCUCGUGUAUUCAGCGAGUGCUGUGACUUGAUGGGGAUUUAUAAGACGCGUACCACCCCGCUCCACCCACAGUCUGACGGCAUGGUUGAACGUUUCAAUAGGACGCUAGUUCAACAGUUGGCCAAGUAUUGUGGGGCGGGGCAGGAGGACUGGGACGUCAAGCUGCCGGCGAUGCUGAUGGCAUACCGUUCCGCCGUCCAUGAAGCCACCGAUCACUCGCCCUCCCAGCUGAUGUUUGGCCGGGAGCUCCGCCUUCCUAUUGACCUGGCCACGGGGCGCCCUCCUGAUGUUGACCUCCCCACAGUCACCUCUGGGUUCGCAGCCGCCCUGCAGGAGCGGUUCGCGGAGGUACACCACCGGGUGAGAGGCAAGUUGAGGGCAGCGAGUCAGGCCAUGAAAGGUCUUUACGACCGGCGAGUGAGGGAGGCGAGUUACGCGGUAGGCGAGAAAGUGUGGCUGCAUAAUCCUCGCCGCCGGCGUGGCCUCUCUCCGAAACUCCAGAGCCCCUGGGAGGGGCCUUACACUGUCAUCGCCGUGAUCUCGGGGGUGACGUACAAAAUCCAGCGUGGACGCCGUCGCCCUUCCAUUGUGCAUGUGGACCGUCUGUGGCGCUAUCACGGUCCUGGGCACUACACUUGGGGCUUCGGGGGAGGUGGCGGCGAUGAUGCCGAUUCUGCUGCCGAGGAAAUCGACGAGUCCCCGGAGACAGCUGUCACCACCCCCAGCGAGCCAGAGGAGGCCGAGGCUGAGGAGUCAGGGGUGGGCGACGGCCGCGACUCAGAGCCAGCAGAGGAACCUCAGCCCACUCGGCCGCGCAGGGACAGACGCCGCCCACGGCGUUAUGAUGAUUUUGUGUUGAUUGACUCUGAGGGAGAGAUAUAAGGAGAGGCAAGGUCGGGUCGACCUUUUUGUAAAGGAGGGGGUGAUGUAACGCCCGGGUAUUAUUGUUGUUUAGUCUAAGUUGCCUUUAUUUCUUUCUGUGGGAUUGAGUGUGUGACGUGCGUGUGUGUGUGUCAGCUGUGCCUGGUGUCUGGCAGUGGUGCAUGGAUGGCGGGAGAGAAGUCGCGUGACUGCAGUGACUGGGCAGUGUGUUGUUGGCCCCGCUCUGGAUAACUUGUCUUUGCGUGUCUUCCGUGCCGAGUGCCUGUUGCGUGAGCCUGAAGAGUUUGACUGUCCCUGCCUGUGUCUGUAACUGCCUGUAACUAACGGAACUAGUAAAGGAAGAAAGUGUUGCCCACUGUUUGUCUACCCGCUCUGUCUGGCUGUGCGUGAAUCACGUGGGACGUGGUACCCUUAGCAUCUCUUGUCUAGCCUGCUGGUGUUCCCGAGUGCUGUCCUGACUGUCGGGGAAUUGUGGGCGUCUACGGGAGUG